UGGAACAGUCCUCCUGUAAUGAGCAGAUUUGAGAGACACCACAGAGAGAGAGAGAGAGAGAGAGAGAGAGAGAGCGAGCGCGCACGGACAGAAGAGGGGGAAUAAGACGACAGCGCAGGGAAAAAGAGAUAAGCAGUGAUACAUGAAAACCAGGGGAGGAUCUGAGAGGGGGGGACGGGCUGAAACCAGAGCGACGAAUCCAGAUCCCUCACCGAUGCACAGACGGAGGCACGGGAUUCUGAUGUCGACCUAAAAGAGCGCAGAGGAGGAGGAGGAGGAGGAGGAGAGGAACGAGGGAGAAGAGAGAGAAAGCGAGCGAGAAGAAGAACGGAUUAACAUCAUAUCGCUGGAUCGCUGGCUGUUUCCAUCAGGAGACUGCAUCAGGCACGUCUCUCGCUCCAUCGCGCUCUCGGUGGGCUGUUUUUUUCCCCUCUCUCUCCGUCAGCGUCCGUUUGCGUCUGCAGCAUGUCGGAGAGGCGGGAGGAGGAGGGGGUGGGCUCCUGCCAGAAGAGCCGAGAUGUUUGUAGAGGCGUGAACGCUGCCUGAGCAAAUCUCUGGGUGGAAUCGCAGGUUUCUAGGUGGGGCCCGGAGGCUCUGAGAGCGUGCCUGUUUUUUGGAUUGGUCCAAAAAGCUCCGCGGCGCGCCGGUGUGUCGCCCGGAGAAGACGCAUGGCUGCUGCAGGGCCUUCCUCCGUCUCCAAGAGGCGGCCGCAGGAGACCGGCUCAGGAAUGAAUAACAAGCAGCGCUCUGGGAGAAGGAUGGUGUGAGGAAGCGUGUGUUGAUCCUGCUGGGUCUCUGUUGCCCUGGAACCUUCUCUUUCUUUUAGCCUCUUUUUUUUGUGAGGUUCUUCUUCUUGUUUUCUCCAACUGUUGGACGGGAGUGUUUCUUUCAGUCUCUUCCUUCUUUCUCCACCCUCCUGACACCCCCAAAUCCUCCACUACCUCCCCUGAGUACCUGGAACCCCAUCCAGAUCCCUCAAAACCUCCAGUUUCUUUCUUUAACAUCUUUUUUGGGGUUUCUCUGCAACUGUUGGACAGCAGAUUUUGUUUCAGUGUCUUCCUUCUUUCCACCCCCCUCCAUCCUUCACCAUCCAGAUCCCUUUAGAAUCUUCUGUUCCUUUCUUUAGGUCUGUUUUUUGAGGUUCUUCUUCUUGUUUCCUGUAGCUGUUGAGCAGGAGCUGUCUUUCAAGCAUCUUCCUUCUUUGCUCUCUCCGAACCCCAGAACCCCCAUCCCCCCCCCACCCCGUCCACCAUCCCAGUCUGUUUUCUUUCAUUCUUUCACCCUCUUUUUUCUUUCUCUUCUUUUUAAGCUUUGGGUAUAUUUGUGCUUGUUUUCUGCAAAGUGUUUGUUGCAGUCUUUCUCACUCGUACCCCCCGCCAAACCCAGCCCACCUCCCCACCACCACCUGGACCCUACCCCCCAACUCUUUCCAGUUCAGUUUGUUUUGCACUUUUCUCCCGCUCUUUUCUUUUCGUUUUGAGGUUUGGGGUAUUUGCCAAAACCUAUUUCAUGCAUGUCCACUGGGGGCAGGUUCAACUUUGAUGAUGGGGGGUCCUACUGCGGAGGGUGGGAGGAAGGCAAGGCCCAUGGCCACGGCAUCUGCACGGGCCCCAAAGGCCAGGGGGAGUACGCCGGCUCCUGGAGCCACGGCUUCGAGGUGCUGGGCGUCUACACCUGGCCCAGCGGCAACACCUACCAGGGCACGUGGGCGCAGGGCAAGCGCCACGGCAUUGGCCUGGAGAACAAGGGCAAGUGGGUGUACAAGGGCGAGUGGACGCAUGGAUUUAAGGGGCGAUAUGGAGUCCGGGAGAGCACGGGGGCCAGCGGGAAAUACGAGGGGACCUGGAAUAAUGGGCUGCAGGACGGAUACGGCACGGAGACCUACUCGGAUGGAGGUACGUACCAGGGCCAGUGGGUGGGCGGCAUGCGCCACGGUUACGGAGUGCGGCAGAGUGUUCCCUACGGCAUGGCGGCCGUUAUCCGCUCACCACUGCGUACCUCUAUAAACUCCCUGCGCUCAGAGCACAGUAACGGCACGGCGUUGCUGGCGGGCGAGCGGGCGGGGGUGGGCGCAGGCGUGGGAGCGGGUGGCCUGGUGGCCAGCCCUGCCGUGUCGCGUGGUGGCUUUGUGCUGACGGCCCACAGCGAAGCUGAGCUGCUGAAGGGGAAGAAGAAUAAGGGCCUGUUCCGCCGCUCGUUGCUCAGCGGCCUAAAACUGCGAAAAUCUGAAUCCAAGAGCUCACUGGCCAGCCAGCGCAGCAAACAGAGCUCAUUCCGCAGUGAGGCAGGCAUGAGCACGGUCAGCUCAGCAGCCUCCGACAUCAACUCCACCAUCAGUCUCGGUGAGGCGGAGAGUGAACUGCCUGCUGGAGAGGAGGAUGUGGAUGCUACUGCCACAGAAAGCUACGCUGGAGAGUGGAAGAACGACAAGCGGACUGGCUGCGGUGUCAGCCGGCGCUCUGACGGACUCUGCUAUCAGGGAGAGUGGAUGGGGAACAAGCGGCACGGCUACGGCUGCACCACCUUCCCCGAUGGGACCAAGGAAGAGGGCAAGUACAAGCAGAACGUUCUGGUCAGUGGCAAGCGCAAGAACCUCAUCCCACUGCGUGCCAGCAAGAUCAGGGAGAAGGUAGACCGGGCGGUGGAAGGGGCUGAGAAAGCAGCAGACAUAGCCAAGCAGAAGGCGGAGAUCGCUCUGUCCAGGACGGCCCAUGCUCGUGGGAAGGCAGAGGCGGCCAUUGCGGCGGCGCAGAAAGCCCAGGAAGAGUGCAGGUUGGCCAGGGUUGCAGCCAAAGAGUUCUCACCCUCCUUCCAGCAUCGGGGAAACGGAGUGGAGUGUCAGAGGCCAAAGCACCAGCACUCUAGCGAGAACGAUGGGGAGGUCAUCUCGAGCGGGACGCCAGACAGCACUGACCUUUACAUGAAAGGUUCCACUCCGCCAGACCUGACGCCAGACGUGAGCCCCGUGCCGAGCCGGCCGUCCACUCCGCCUCGAAGCCCUGCCUCCAAGCCUUCGCACCGCACCAAGAAUGCCCGCUUCCUGCGGCAGAGCGCUGUAGACGACGAGAGGGGUGGAACCUCUGAAAUCCAGGUGCUGCUGGAGGGGCGGGGAGAGGGGCGGGGCGAGGGACGGUCAGGUGGAGGUGGAGGGGAUUACCUGAGGGCUAACAGCUGGAGCGAAGAAAAGGACAAGCGCUCGUCACGUGGCGGCGGCAGCAGGGGGGGCAGCAGGGGCAGCAGCCGCUCGACCACACCGUCCGUGCCGGAUGCUAAUGGCCACAAGCACUCCUCCUCCAAUCAUAAGCCACGAGAGCACAGCUCGUCCAAUCACAAAAGCUCACGGGAGAGGUGGGCGGACUGUCCGUCUGCGUCCUGGACUUCGCAUCGCCAUGGCGACAGCUUGGCCCACUCCCGCCUGUUGGAGCAGGAUGAGGAGAAGCUCAGCAACUAUGAGAUGGAGAUGAGGCCGCUGCAGCCCAUGGACUCCAAUUCCCAGAAGCCCUAUGGGCAAGGGGCGGAGCAUCACGGUCACUCGGAGUCUCGCUCGCACACGCUGCAGAGACGGGGCAAAACCCGGGACCGAGAGAAAGAUAGAGAUAGAGAGAGGGAGAGAGACAGGGAGAGAGAGAGGGAGUCCCGGGACACAGUGAGGCCCUCAGGGGCCCGGGACAGCCGGGAAGGGCCCAGUCCGGACUCCUCCUCGGUGCAGAAGCUAGACACUCUCCGCAUGGGGGAGAAACUAGAGGCUCGGCCUCUGCGCAGGGACCUCACACUCUCUCCUCCACAGAAAUCCUCACCCAUUGCACUAGAACAAGACAACGAGAACCAGACACAGCUCAAAGCAAACUCGGGCUCCAGCUCAGUUCUGGUUGUCAUGGUGAUUUUGCUCAACAUUGGAGUCGCCAUUUUAUUUAUUCACUUUUUUAUUUAAACUACGUUAUCCUCUAUAAUGAUUCCUCUUAUUUGAUCAAAAAGCUAUUAUGAUAAAUCGGAUUAUAUGAGUGUUAUCUGGCCCCCUGCCUCGUUUCUAAACCCACAGCUACUUCUGAUGAGGUUACAGGAACACGACGAAAGGACGGAGGAAGGCGACGCAAACAACGGCCAAACGUGGGCCGAGCCGUGCCCUCUCUGCUUCUCCAAAGAACUCUUUUAUGUUUGUUUGUUUUCUUUUUUCUUCAUCUCAAUGACAGAGCUGGAAAGCUCCCUUUUUAACGUAUAGUUUCAACUGAUUUAUUUAUUCAUCGAUGAUAUUCCAGUUAAUGUACUUGUUUUUUUUUUAUUCCUUAUUUGCCUUUUUGGGGUUCUUGACUAUUCCAAUGGCUUUUUCUUUUCUUUUCUUAUUGGGUUGGGUUUGUUUUUGGGGAAAGGACUCAAAUGGACAUUUGGUGGUGGGAGAUUGAGGGUAUGCGAGGUGGCAUGAGGGGUGUGCGUGAGGUUUACUCCAUCAAAACAUUGUGGGUGAUGAGCGUACUGCGUAGCCGUGACGUCAAAAGGAUGGGAAACGGCCCCCUGUCUUACCCCAACACUCUCCGCCCCAUUCCUCAACACACCCCCCGCAUCACACCAAGCUCCAUCCUCUCGUUCCACCUCCUGGUUUAAAGGCCCCAUCAGGAACUGACUAGACUGUUUCACAGCUUGUAAACACAGAACUGGAUGUUUAGUCCAGGUGUUGCCUCAGUUACUGCGGUCCUAAACACCGGCCUGCCAGCUGAACUGAUUCCUGAACUGUGGCACAGAUAUUAGGGAUGCACUGCUACCUUGAUGCUAACAUAACCGAGCAACUCCCAUAGGGGCGAUAAUGGAAAAGAGAAUUAUUCUAAGAGGACAAGUAGGAUAAACAAAGGCUACAUUAAAGGCAUUGCUAAGUUAAACAACGCUAUGCAAUCAAUGACUUUCACAGAUUUUGUCAUUCCAUAUUUUACAGAACAUCUUUUUCAUCCAGAAAGUGUUCCAAAACAGAUUUCACAUCAUCCCCUCCACAACAGUUUGCCAUACUGCUACAGUGUUUCAUAAGCUGAAUUGAGUCCUUUCCCAGGGUCUCGCAAACCCGAUUAGAUUAAGUGACCCUUAUUAGUCACUUAAUGGGCAAACUUCACCUUAAACACACACUAGGGGGCAGUGAGCACUUGCCUGGAGCGGUGGGCAGCCCUAUCCGCAGUUGGGGGUUAGGUGUCUUGCUCAAGGGCACCUCAGUCACGUCCUCUCGUCUCAGGGGAUCGAACCGGCAGCCUUCUGGUUGCAAGGCUGGUUCUCUAACCUCCAGCCCACGGCUGCUAUGGGAGAAGAAGUGACUUUUAAUAGUCAAUGGUUGUAAUUAAUUGUGACUAAUAUGCAACGGUGAAAUGAGAACUUAAAAAGUCGCUAUAGACUAGCAAGACAACAGAGCAGAAGACACAGCAAACACUCACGCCUGCAACUCCGAGAAACAUUUUAUUUCACUUGUAAAAUUCAGCUGGCAAAAGUGAGCGUGACUGAACAUUUAUAGAAGAAGUUCUAGAGGUUCCUGAUUGGGCCUUUACUCUGUUCACCUUUCCGUCCCUACCAGGCCUACCUCCUGUCCACUUUAUCUUUCCAUCAAAUCAACUGUACAUGCACCUCGCAGUGUCAUGGCAGGCUUUUAUGUUGUUUUUGGUGUUUGCGAUAUUUUCGCAAAGACAAACUUUACCAAAAUCUAUGCUAGAAUCUGGAUUUGUCGCUGAGGUCCAACCAAAACUCCGGGGCAAUCUGGCCUGCCGACACUGAACGUGUGCAUAAAUUUCACCACCACAGUGAAAGUCUGUUGACCGAGACAUACAGAGCCACCAGUGCUUCAGCUUCUGUCGCUACAGAAGAUCAGAUCUGACCCAAACGCAGGAGCUGAGAGGGUUUCAUCACUAUUCUUCAUCUGGAACACUGUACAAUCCAGAAAUUCAGCGCUAUUGUACGCACUCAUCUCCUUACACAAGGUGUGUGAAAUUACAUGGGAUCUGGUCUCGUGGAUUUGCAGAUGAUAUUUUCUACAUUUUUGAGUUUGAUCGACAGGCUUCACUGUUUAAACACUGUCUGAAUGUUGUACGAGGGCUAACACUUGAUGUUCUGUGAGUCCAUACUCAUUUUAAAUCCCACCGGGGUCCCAGUCCCCACCUUCUCUCUUACUACGGUAACUGACAAACGAUGCUGCCCACCUCACCCCGCACACCUGAGGAAACCGGCGUUCUCGACCAGAAGUUUAGAGACUGUUAACGUUUUUUCCAACUGCUGCUUUCAAAAUAAAUAUUUAUCGAUAAAUGAUUUAAAAAAAAAAGAAGAAAAAAAUAGAAAAAAAGAUUUUUUAGCUAUUUGCAAGAUGUCUGGAAAAUGGAAAAAAAAAAAAAAAAAACGCCAACUGCCUUGUUUUUUUAAAAAAAAAAAAAAGACAAAUUUGCAUGCUCACGUAUGUUUUAGUUUUGUAUAGAUAACUUCUAAGAAAAAUAAGGAUAUAAACUCUUCUAGUUUUGGAAGCAGUAUAGGGUUGCGAUUUUAAUUUAAAACGUUAUUUAUUUAUUUAUUUAUUUACCUCGGCCAAAAAAAUAUAUAUUUAACCCCCCCAAACAAAGAGGCUGUAUUUUUCGGGCUGUUUUCCAUGAUGCUCUGCAGACAAAGAGCAGAGCUUUACCGGGCAGUCCGGUCAGUAAAACGGCCGUAAAAAAACAGAAACAACAACAAAAAAAAGAAAAGUGCUCCACAGGAUCCGCUGCACUGCAGUCAGAGGAGCUGGGUGCAGGUCCUGCAUCCGUUUAUCUACUUCAAAAAAAAUCUGAGAAGAAGCUAAAACGAGACGUCAUCAAAGAAACGAAAGAAACCUAAAAAAAAACAGAAGAGAGGCGUUUUCUUUAUUUUUUUUCUAGCUGGCUUACUAAACUCAAAGACUCUGAGAUGUUUUUAUAGCAUGUGUGUAUGGGGCCUGUACUUUCCGCCUGAGUCUCUGCUCCUGUCAAUGAUCGCUCACAGUCUGUGCUCUCUCUCUCUCUCUCUCUCCCUCCCUCUCUCUCUCUCUCGUUCUCUCUCUUCUCUCCCUUUUCCCACCAUAUCUCUCCGUUUCUCUAUCCAACCAAAAAAAAAAUAAAAAAUUAAACAGAGAAUAUAAAAAAUGUACAAAACAUGUUGAUGGAAAGGAACGAAAGGCGGAGGUCAAACGUGUGGAGAACUUCUCUACCCAUCACGUUUGUCCACCUCGUCUGUGGUUCCUGGGUUUCUGGAGAAUGUGCAACUGCUCUGCUGCAGACGCUGUACGCUGUUACUGACGUGUGUGCAGGGAAAGGAAGCAAAGCAAGCAGGGGAUGAAAUCUGCCCUCUCCGGUGGCUACUCUACCACUCUGUCUGGACGUACCCCAUCACCCUGUGAGGCCAUCGCAUGCCCGAGCAUGCCAAGUUCUUUAUUUCUCUCUUUCUCUCCUUCUCCGAUUCAGUUCUUUACUUUUUUCCGGGGGUUUGUUUGUUUUUUGAGUUAUGUGGAGAACAUAAUGAAAGUGUUUGAAAGUAA